AUGGAUUAUGACGACGACGAUGAUUUGUUUGCGGAAGCCACGGAGGAAGUGUCGCUGGACAGUCCGGAGAGAGGUGCGCUGCUGUCGGACGGCCCGUCGCCCGUCAUCACCCCCGUCACGCCGCCCGUCUCCGGCACGGGACACGCUCACGACGACAUAAAAACGCGUACGGUCGUUCGGCCUGUAUUUUUUUUGCGGUCGAUGCAUUUCGCGCAGAUGGAAGAAGAUGAGUUCGGCGACAAGUCGGACAUUGCCAUUUCGGUGUCGGACCCCGAGAAAGUUGGCGACGGCAUCAACGCGUACGUGGCCUACAAAGUGACCACCAAGGCGUCGCCGCCUUCGCCGUUAUUCAGGCUCCCCGAGUUCUCGGUCAGGCGCCGCUUCAGCGACUUUCUGGGCCUUCACGGGAAGCUGGCGUCAAAGUACGCGCACGCGGGCUACAUCGUGCCCCCGGCGCCGGAGAAGAGCAUCGUGGGUAUGACCAAAGUGAAGGUCGGGAUGGAGGACCCUUCGUCUAAUGAGUUUGUGGAGAAAAGAAGGUCGGCCUUAGAGAGAUUCCUGACACGUACGGCGCAGCAUCCCGUCCUCCUCAAGGAUCCCGACCUGGUGCAUUUUCUGGAGAGUUCCGAGUUGCCGCGGGCUAUCAAUACGCAGGCCGUGAGCGGCGCCGGCAUCCUCAGGAUGGUCAACAAGGCGGCCGACGCCGUCAACAAGAUGACCAUCAAGAUGAACGAGUCGGACGCCUGGUUCGAGGAGAAGCAGCAGCAUUUUGAGAAUCUCGACUUACAACUGAGGAAACUUCACGCCAGCAUCGAGUCUCUCGUGUGUCACAGGAAAGAGUUGUCUUUGUACGGAGCCCAGUUCGCCAAGUCGGCCGCCAUGUUGGGCAACAGCGAAGACCACACGGCGCUGUCCCGCGCUUUGUCCCAGCUGGCCGAGGUGGAGGAGAAGAUCGAGCGGCAGUACCGGCAGCAGGCCGACGCCGACUUUUUUUUCCUGUCCGAGCUCCUCGGAGAUUACGUGCGCCUGCUGGCCGCCGUCAAGGGCGUGUUCGAGCAGCGCGCCAAGUCCUGGCAGAAGUGGCAAGACACUCAACUUCUCCUGCAUAAGAAGCGAGAGGCCGAAGUCAAACUGCAGUUCUCCAACAAAUCCGACAAAGUGCAGCAGGCCAAAGACGUCAUCAAAGAGUUGGAGGGCAGAGUGCUGCGGUGCGAGCGGGAAUUUGAGCAAAUUUCCAAAGUCGUUCGCCGGGAAGUGAGUCGCUUCGAGACGGAACGGGUCGACGACUUCAAGAGCGUCAUUACCAAAUACCUGGAAGGCCUCGCGGUCACGCAGCAACAGCUGAUUAAGUACUGGGAAGCGUUCUUACCAGAGGCCAAAGCCAUCUCAUAG